AUGUCCAAACCGACCAAGUACAUCCUCGUGUCCUUCCCCACUUCCAUCACCCCGUCUAACCACCGCGACGACGCUCUCGACGCUGUCUCUGCCACCGUCACACCGGAAAAUGGAUCGGUCGCCCCGUUCCCUAUUCCCGAGUUCAAAAUCGGUACAUUAGACGCCUUAGUACAGCAGGCCGAUGAGCUGGCCAAACUCGAGACCGCCUGCCAGGUUGUUGUAUCGAAGGUCAGCGAUGCGCUGAAGAAUAUCUUGGAGGGUGACGAAUCGCAAAUCAGCAAGAUGAAGGCUGUGAAUGACAAGCCGGUGGAUCAGUACCUGCGGACCUUUACGUGGAACAAAGUCAAGUAUAGGGCCGAUAAGUCUUUGGGUGAGCUUAUCGACCUUCUCCAGAAGGAAGCUGCCAGCAUCGACAAUGACAUCAGGUCGAAGUACUCCCAGUACAAUCAAGUCAAGACCACCCUGGCCACUCUCCAACGAAAGCAAACAGGUAACCUGGCCACAAAGUCCCUCGCAUCAGUUGUCGACCCCCGGAGUGUAGUCCAGAAUUCAGAAUACCUCGAGACACAUCUUGUUGCCGUCCCAGCUCAACAGGUUAAAGAGUUCCUCAAGACGUACGAAACCGUGUCGCCCAUGGUGGUACCCCGGUCUGCGACGUUUGUCGCUUCGGAUGACGAGUUCACGCUGUAUGCGGUCACGACGUUCAAGAAACACAGCUUGGAGUUUGUCCACAAGGCCCGUGAACACAAGUGGAUUCCUCGUGAGUUCAAGUACGUGGAAGGUGGAAAGGAGGAGGAGCGCAGAGAAGUCGAGCGCGUAGGCGGCGACGAGCGCAAACUCUGGGGCGAGACACUGCGGCUCGGGCGGACAGCCUGGAGCGAGGCCGUCAUGGUCUGGAUCCAUGUUCUCGUUCUCCGUGUCUUUGUUGAGACCGUUCUACGCUACGGUCUUCCUCUUGACUUCGUUUGCACUCUUAUCCGGACACCGGGUUCCAAGCAAGCUGACAAGGCGAAACACAACCUGGAUGAGAAGUACUCUUACCUCGCCGGGAAUGCGUUCGGACGGGACAAGAAGGGUCGGGUCAAGAAAGACGACCCGAGCGAAGUACACGAGGGAGGCGGUGAAUACACAGCAUACGUGUACUAUGAGUUCGAGCUCAAUUAGGGGGACAAGAUCCUGUGGAUAUCUGUCUGGGUACGGUACACUUGAUACCUUGUUUUGUAGCGUAUAUACUUUGCUUACUUGCUUCGCAUCAUAUCUUGACUAUCUGAACGAAACACAAUCGAAGACCCAAAAAAGGUGUAAAAUUCUAUGUAUAGAUCACCGAUCUAACAAAUCUAGUCCGCAAAUAUCCACAAGAACAAACCCA